AGUCAGUUGCUAGUACCCACUACCCACUUCUGGGCCUCUGGCGGUCAAAUCGCUGGAUACCUAGUCGACAACUUGACGGCUGACGCAGUAACUUACGGUUUGGUUUGGUGAGAGGUUCCAGGUCUCCCCUGUUCUUUUCCGUCUUCUCUCUAUCUGCUAAGACCACUAACCAUUCCCCUUCUUCUCUCUUCUCUCUUGAAUCCUGAAACAACCAAAGUGGAUGCUCCUCUAAUCUCUCUCUCUCUCUAUCUCUCUAUCUCUCUAGGGACUGGGGGAUCAAGAUUGGUAUAAGAAACCAAGGAAGAUAGCCAUGGAGAGAUCCCUCUCAUUUCCAAACCUAUGCAUUGCAGCUUUCUUCAUUGCCGCUUCGCUCUUCCCCUGUUCUCCCGCUCUUCAGGCUGGGCGAACCUGCAGUUCGAACCAGAGCUGUGACUCUGGUUUGCUCUGCCAAGCGUGUCCUACGACCGGGAACGCUCAAACAUGUACUCAGAUCCAACCAGUCAGUGCCACCUCCAAGGUUAAUGGGCUUCCUUUCAAUCGGUAUUCAUGGCUGACGACGCAUAACUCCUACGCCCUUUGGGGAGCAAAGUCGGCGACGGGUAGUGAACUCGUCACUUUAACGAACCAGGACGCUUCCAUCACCGAUCAACUCAAUAAUGGUGUUAGGGGAUUGAUGCUUGAUAUGUAUGACUUCUUGAAUGACAUCUGGUUGUGUCACUCCUUUGGCGGAAAAUGCUACAACUUCACUGCAUUUCAACCUGCUAGUAAUGUUUUGAGAGAGAUUCAAACCUUUCUUGUUGCAAACCCUUCAGAGAUUAUCACCAUUUUUAUCGAAGACUACACAGCCCCAGGGGGAUUGACUAAGGUCUUCAAUGCUUCAGGCCUCAUGAAAUUCUGGUUCCCUGUGUCUCGGAUGCCUAAAAAUGGUGAAGAUUGGCCAACUGUGGAUGAUAUGGUAAAGCAGAAUGAACGUUUGUUGGUUUUCACCUCUAAACGUGCUAAGGAGGCCUCUGAGGGGAUUGCAUAUGAGUGGACCUAUAUUGUAGAGAACCAAUAUGGUGAUGGUGGGAUGAUAGCGGGUUCCUGUCCAAACCGUGCAGAAUCAUCUCCCAUGAAUACAACAACCAAGUCACUUGUCCUCCAGAACUUCUUCCCCGAUAACCCAAAUCAUGAUACGGCUUGUGUAAAUAAUUCUGCUCCACUUAAGAGCAUGAUGAAUACCUGCUACAAAGCAGCUGGUAAUCGGUGGCCAAACUUCAUAGCUGUUGAUUAUUAUGAGAGGAGCAAUGGAGGGGGUGCACCAUCAGCUGUAGAUGUAGCUAAUGGUCAUCUAACCUGUGGAUGUACCAACAUUGCCUAUUGCAAGGCAAACGCGACCUUCGGAACAUGUGAGAUCCCAGCCCCAGAAGCCAGUCCCACCCCUACAACCCAAGGAACGACUCCAGGGGCAAAUAGCAGCGUUGCUUCCUUGGAGAAAAGACCAUUUCAACUGCGGUGGUUGGUUGCUGCAGUCUCAGCUUGUGCUCUGUCAACGUUACUCUGGUUAUAGUUUCUCUUAUAUUUCUUCAUUUGUUUCCCCAACCAUUUAUACACAACAUUCCCAAAAAUUAUUUGUCCACGGAAAUUAUGAUUUUUUCUUUUUUCCCGGCUGAUUUAAUAAAGAGAGCUUUUAGUGGUAACCACAUCGGUUACAGGUUA